UUCCUCUCCCCCACUCCACUCCAGUCUCCACUCACCAAACCCAGCCCAGAGCAGACAAGCGUCUUGGUCCAACCAAAGCAACCGAGAGCUGCGAGUCCGGGAAGCCGGAGAGACAGAGGAGAAGCGCACAGGCACCGCUCGCCGGCGAGACCGACGACGGAUGGGCCUCCUGGAACACCCCCUGGAGGCCGUCGCCUUCCGCCUCUACUCCCUCCCAGUCCCGGAGGCCUCCGCGGCCACGGGCGCCGCCGCCGCCUGGACCUGCCUCGCGGCGGCGGUCCUGGCCGCCGCCGCUGGCGUCUGGCGCCUCUGCUUGUCCCUGUCCCCACCCCCGCCCCCGUCCGCCGCCGUUGCCGCCGCCGCCGCGAAUGCUUCGGAGCCGGAUCGGUCUCACGUGGCGGAGGCGUCGCCGGAGCCGGCCGCGGCCGCGGCGGCGACGCCCAAGGAGCGGUACACGGCGUACUACCGCGACGUCGGGUGCUGCUGCUGCGGCGGCGAAAGCGAUGACGAGGAGGACGACGCGGAGGAGCGGGGAGACGGCGACGUGUUCCUUUCGGACGACGACGGGCCGACGACGGAUCCUUUCGGGUGGGAGUGGGAGGUGGUGUGGUCGCUGCAGCCUCCUCUCAGCCCGGUGGCGGAGACGACGGGGGGGAGGUACCGGAGGAGCCCGACGACGGGGCUCGGCGGCAGCGUGGUGCAGCUGUGGGACUAGGGCGCCGUGCGCGGCCUGACGCCCGCGGCGCGCCCGCGGCCGAGGGCCCGGGUAGUCGUCGGCACCGUCGUCUCGGCCUUCUGAAAACAUAUCCGGCGUCCAAAUGUGCAAUAAAACUGAGCCUUUUCGUGGGAAGAAAGAA